AUGCGGGGGCUCCUCCUCUCUUGCCUUGUGGCUCUGGCCACAUGUCAAAGUGUCCGUUAUGAGCUUUGCCUGAACCCGAAUAAAACCUACGACUACAAAUAUGAGGGAGUGGUGAAUUUUGGACUCGGCAUACCAAAUCUCGCUGAGUCUGCCACAAAAAUCGCAUGCAAGCUCAAGAUCAUUGGUGUGUCUGAACACACGUUCCUCCUUCAGGUUUCAGAUUUGGUCUUCGAGGAGUUCAAUGGCUUCCCGGGGAAAAACAGCUUUAACGCCUCUCUAAAGCUCACCCAGCGUAUUGCUGCCCAGCUUGUCAAACCCUUCAUGUUUGACUACAUUAGUGGACAUGUUGGUGACAUCCGCACCUCUGCUGAGAUUUCUGACACUAUUGUCAACAUUGUGAGAGGGAUACUGGGUUUGUUCCAACUCACUGUGAAGACCACACAGACAAUCUAUGAGCUUGAAGAAGCUGGCAUCCAUGGCAAGUGUCGGAGCCACUAUUAUACUGAAGAAGACACGAAAACAAAGGAGAUGAACAUCACUCAGGUUGUGGAUGUCAGUAACUGCAGGGAGAAAGCAGCCAUGUACAGGGGAAUGGCUACCGCUGUGCUCGACCAAGUCGCCAAACAGAGAGGGGAAUCUCUCUUUUCAACAGUGAGAUAUGUUUACACAGUCAAAGCAACAGCACAGGGAGGUCUCAUUACCAGAGCUCAUGGCAUGGAGGAGCAACACUUCAGUCCCUUCAACGUGAAAGGCGGCAGUUUCAAGAUGCAAGCGAUGAAGGAACUGGUGCUGGUCCGCAUGAACGACACAGUGAAAGCCAUCACGUUUGGGCCAAUGGAAAACAAGGGCAACCUUGUUUACAAGUUUGUCGAUGCAGAAGCUAAUGUCCCCAUUAUGAUGCAGAGCCUGGAAGACCCAGUACCAAAGGCUAUUGAGUUGAUCAAGCAUCUGGCGGAGGCUAAUCGUAACCAGAUUAACAGCACAACAACUGAGGACACCAUAAAGACAUAUCAACUCCUGCGAGUGAUACCUUAUGAAGGUUUAGAAGUUAUGUGGAGGCAAUUUUCAGGAAAUGAAGACCAAAGACGUUGGUUUUUGGACAUGAUUGUUGAGGUCAGCGAUGCCAGAAUCCUGAAGUUCCUGGAAACAAGGUUCCAGGCUGAAGAUGUAACUGCAAAUGAAGCUUGGCAAACACUUUUGCUGUCAAUGAACCAUCUCCAGGCUAUUCCUGAUCUGGUUGAGAUGGCUAAAAUGUUCCUGAACAUGCCCUUUUCUAAAUCAAAUACCUAUCUGUGGCAUACAGUGGUGCUUUCCUAUGGCUCUCUGGUGUACAAGCACUGUGCCUAUUAUACACCGUGUCCUGUUACUGCUGUGCAGCCACUGCUGGACAUGGCCAUGGAAGGUCUGAGGAACGGCACUGAGGCAGACAUGAUCAUCGCUUUGAAAGCUCUGGGGAACGCAGGUCAUCCAGGCAGCAUUAAAACCAUCAUGCGCUUCCUCCCUGGAGUUGCUGCCAACCCUGUGGAUCUGCCACCGCGUGUGCAGAGUGCUGCUGUGCAGUCUAUGAGACUCAUAGCUGCCAGAGACCCUCAAAGUGUGCAAGACAUCACCAUGAGUCUGUUACUGCAGAAGUACCUUCCCACUGAGAUACGCAUGCUGGCCUUCAUGAUCCUGUUUGACAGUAAACCAUCAAUGGCUCUGGUGUCCACAGUGACCGUACAUCUACUGGAGGAAAAAGACCUCCAUGUUAUUAGUUUUGCAUACUCCUACUUGAGUAGCAUUGCCAGAUCCACUACUCCAAACAACCACUUCCUCUCAACCGCCUGCAACAUAGCCGUGAAAAUCCUGGCCCCUAAAUUUGGUCGUCUUAGCUAUCACUACAGCAAAGCGAUGCGCAUGGACUGGUUUAAUGAUGAUUUCCUAAUUGGAACAGCCACAGAAGUCUUAAUGCUGAAAAGUUCAACAAACAUCUUUCCCACUGAAAUCAUGAUGAAAGGAAAAUUUUAUUUCAUUGGUAGAAUUCUGCAGCUACUGGAGUUGGGUAUCCGUGCUGAAGGACUUAAGGCGCUGCUUGGUAGUGGUAUCCCUAAUUUUAAGGGAGAUCUCAGUUCAAGUGACUUUCAGACUAUUUUCAACGUGUUUAAAAACUGGGAAGUUAUGCCCAAUGAUAAGUCUGUCCUUUCUGCCUAUUCACGUGCCUCUGGACAAGAGUGGUUCUUUGCCGAUAUUAACAAAGAAACCAUUCAGAACAUCAUCAUGUCUGCCAGUCCUUCUGCAGGGAAUAACAGCACUCUGUGGGCUGCGAUUGAGAAUCUACAGAAAGGAGUGUCAUGGCAUCGGACAAAGCCAUUCUUAAUCUUUGAGGUUCGCUACUUCCAAGCUACCAUCCUGGGUCUCCCACUGGAGAUUAGCAAAUAUUAUGAAAACGUCAAUGGGAUCAGUGUCAAUGCCAAAGCUACAGUUAGUCCACCACUGAAUGAAAAUCUUUCACGGCUGUUGACGUCGGACAUUUUACUGGAGACCGAUGGUUUCAUUGGUUUCACAAAGGACUUUUGGGUUUUCUAUGGUAUCAACACAGAGCUGUUCCAGUGCGGCAUAGAGUUUAAGAGCAAAACCCCAGUUGCUAUCCCGUGGAAGUUUGCUGCAAAGAUCAAUGUCAGAGAAAAGAAGCUUGAACUCGACUUGGCUCCAUGCAAAAAAGAGUUUGAACUCAUUUCAGUCAGCUCCAACGUGUACGCAGUCACCAGGAACAUUGAAGAGCCAGCUUUGGCUAAAAUGACUCCAUUAAUGCCCAAAUCCAUUGACUCCAAUGAUGAAGAUGUCCACGUGAGCACCACAGUCGUGAAGCCUCAGACAGAUGAGGUUGUAUCAAAAAACACCUGGCACCGGAGAGACAAAAUGUGUGCUGAGAGCAACAUUUAUGGAGUUGGUCUGUGUGUGGAGUCUGAGUUAAGGAGAUCGUAUUAUCAGGACCAAUACCCUCUGUACUAUUUCCUGGGAUACACCCACUUGGCAUUGAAAGUAAUCCCAGUUCAUACAAUCAAAGCUGUUGACAAAAUCCACUUUGAGGUUAAAGUUGACCCAUGCAGUUCCCCGGUGAGUGCACCCCAACUGUUGGAGACGCUGAAGAGGCUUUCCAAGGAAGCCACCAAGGGAGUACGUCUGUCCAGUGAUUCAGCCUCAAGCGACAGAGGAUCUCAUCACAGCAAUUCUGACUACGUAACGGAAAGCUUGGACUCAAAACCUGAAGUUGUGGUUAAUAUCAAAGCCUUAGCCAUGAGUAACAACCAGAAGCCAGAGGGGUACGAUGCAGCCUUCGCCUACACGCCCCUGGCAACCACCAAGAACGCCCAGCUGAUCGUGUCCCAGGUUGGGGAAGACACCAACUGGAAGAUGUGCAUCGAUACCACCAUGAAGGCUCAUAUUGAGGCAAAGGCACACAUUAAAUGGGGAGCUGAAUGUCAGACCUAUGAAAUGACAAUGAGAACUGCAACUGCACAUCUGCCUGGCUCCAGGCCAACACUCAAGGCCAAAAUACAUUGGACCAGGGUCCCAGAGAUCAUGACAAGGAUUGGCACAAGAAUUGAAAGCUACAUCCCAGGCAUGGCUUUCCUUCUCGGCUUUUACCAGCAACUUCAGAGAAAUACCAAGCAGGAGGUUUCUACAUUAGUUGUUGCCACCAGAAGAGACAGCAUUGAUGUGAAUAUUAAAUUCCCAGAGUAUACAAUCUACCGCCAUGCAAUUCCAGUUCCACUGCUACCUACCAGUUGUCAGGAGUUUCAACAGGACAUCAGAAACACAACAAUAGACAACUGUGGACGCUCAUAAAAGCAAGUAGGCUACAUAAAACGUCUGAUUAAGCUUAAUUGGAUCUUCAUACAAAUGUACCCAUUCGUA